ACAUGAAAUUUGGAAACAAUUUCCUUCACAAUUUCGUAGUGAAUCUAGAACAUUCUUGUUCUACGCUGCUGGCCCAUGCUGGUCCAGUCGUAGUCAUUGUGGUCAUUGUCAAGUGAUAAUCACGUUGAGCAACGUUGAACUUGUAUAGGUAGUGUAUUAUUGAAGAGAAUCAACUUGUCUCUAAAAUAUUGUGGUUUUUUUUUACGAAAAGAUAGAGAAAAUGACAUCAAGGGCUGACGAGAUGAAAUUGGAUAUUGACGAGCUAAAUGCUUUGUUAAAACAAGCAUGUAGACAAAGAUCGAAAGACAUUCUUAGUCUUGAAGUCAGACGACUUGAAACCGAAUUGGCAAAGAUAGUGGAGCAGAAUAAGAUUGAGAGUAAGCCUGGAAAUGUUGUGCCUAAUGCAGGACCUAAAUGUUAUGAAGUCAAGCUAAAGAAUUAUGCCUGGGAUCAGUCUGACAAGUACAUAAAAUUGUAUGUUACUUUGAAGAAUGUACAGUCCCUUCCUAAAGAAGCUGUGUUUUGCAAUUUUACUGAUAAAUCAAUAGAUCUGCAUGUCCUUGGAUUAGAUAACAGGAACUAUCAACUUCCUAUAAACAAUCUUUGUGAAGAGAUUGAUCCAGAGAAGAGUUAUAUUAAAGUUAAGUCAGAUAUGAUUGCUAUUUUCUUGGCAAAGACAACUAGUAAGAAUUGGUCUCAUGUUACUGGGGUAGAAAAGAAAAUUACUGAAGCCAAAGCACCUUCUGUACCUAGUAUGGAAGAGGAUAGUGAUCCAGGAGCAAGUCUAAUGAAUCUUAUGAAGAAAAUGUAUCAGGAUGGAGAUGAUGAGAUAAAGAAAACGAUCGCUAAAGCAUGGACGGAAAGUCAAGACAAAAAGGCAUCAGGUCUUGGUGAUUUUCCUUCAUUAUAAAAAAUGUCUAUAUUUAAUCUCUAAUAUCUAAUAGUGAAAGCAAAUUUUGCUUUUAAAGUAAACUCAAAUGUAUAAAUUGAUAUUCAUAGAUAAAACAUGCUAUUGUUGUAAGUACAUCAUGAACUAUUUAGAAUGUAAAUGAUUUCCACUUUAAGAGAUAGAACUUUAGUUCAUUAAAAUAUCUUUUUUUUAUUCAAAAGUGCCCAGUUUCCGAAAAACAUUUAAGUAUUUGUUUUUAUUCUUAAUAUUUGUGAAACAUCAGAAUCAUUAAUAUUUUUGUAGCAUUACUAUUAACAUCUUUAUAUCGCAAAGGCACACAAUUGAAGUGUAUGUUAGAAAGAUAAGAUAGAAAAGACAUUUGGUCAAUCACACAGAACGCUUAAUUUUAUGAAGGAAUUGAUGUAUGUAAUAAUAGCAAUUUAAAAAAGUGAGACUAAUUUCCCUAGUACUGUUAAAGGAAUGACUGUAUUACCAAAAUUGUACUUCAAUUAAAUUAAGUUCAAUAAUAAAACAUGUUUUUGAUGGAAA